AAAUAAGUCAGCAAUUAAUCCACGCACUCUUACCCCAUGUUCUUCAUUAAACCCCUCCCCAUAUCACCCGCUCCUCAACUCACAAGUCACAACUCUCUAUCUUCAGAUCUAAUCUCCAUCUUCAAAUAUACUCUAACUCUAAUUUACUCACACCCAUGUAAAAUUUCCCAAUUAAUUCCAUCCAAUUGUGUUUGUGAUAAUGUAGGGUUCUUGAUUUGGGUUUGCUGGUCGGGUCAGAAAUGGAUCCGAAUUUGUUGAAGUGGAGAAGGGUUCCAAAAAAAGCGUGGUUAGGGGGUCAAAAUUCAAUGGGGUUGCUCGUGGGUGGGAAUCACACCUCCUCCAGGUUUUGUACUCGUUAGUUUGUGAUUUGUAUGUAUUUUGUGUGUAUAUUCAGCUGAUUCUCGUGGUAAAAAUUGAAUCUUGAUCACUGUUUUUAAGUAUACUGGGAUAAAAAUUGAAUCUUGAUUACUAUUUUUGAGUAUAUUGUGUUGGGUUUUGGAGGGUUUAAGAGAUUUGGGGUAUUGGGAAGUGGGGAUGGAUUUUAAGGUUUUGCAAUGGCAGAUUCUUCGUGGGUCGUUGGCGAAAAGGUUGUUUAUGAGGGCUUUGUUGUUUACAUUAGCUAUGGGAAUCAUUUCGUUUGUUCAAAUGAGUAAUGAUAUUCGAAAAGGGGGGCUGGUUUUGUUGGAAUCUGGUGAUUGUGAAUUGGAUGUUGGUGUAUCGGAUUUGGAUGUGGAUGUAACUGGGUAUUGGAAGCCUGGGUUUUCAACUAUGUUUGAGUUUUUUGGGGGUUCAGUGAGGAAGAAAGAGCGUAAGGAUUUGAGCAGGAGUGUGUUUAAGGAGUUGAUGGCGAAGAAGAUGUUGGAUACUCGUGCUAGAGCGCUUUGCGUUGGGGAGGGAUCGGAUUUGACUGCCUUAUUAUUGCAAGAAAUGGGACUCUCUGAUGCGGUGGGUGUUCAUAGCCACCCAUUCUUCUCAUUGUGGAAGAAAAGAUUUGUGUAUGAGCUUGGUUUUGAAGAUAAUUCUUUCGAUUUUGUAUUCUCGAGAGAUGUCGAUAGGGUAUCUGUUCCAGCUCUUCUCGUGCUAGAGAUUGAGCGUGUUUUACGUCCAGGUGGUAUUGGCGCAAUGCUCAUUGGUACGUCAGCUUCCUAUUCGGGUAGCUCAGUACGGUCUGCUACACCUGUCUCGUCAUUUUUAAAGAGCUCUAGUAUUGUGAGUGUAUGUGGAAUUGGCUCAUUUAAACUUGUCACAUUUAAGAAAAGAUUUGACAAUGUUGCUCUAUUCGAGCAUUACCGGCUUCCUAACAAGUGCCCGUCAAUUACAAAUAACAAACCGUUUAUGAAGUACAUGGAGCCUCUAGCAAUCAACCAAUUGGGACAGCUAGAAAGUGAAAUAUCGUACUUAUCUAAAUUCAUGAAUGUUUCCUCAAGAAAGAGAGUGGUCUAUAUUAAUGUUGGGGCCGGGGAGUUGGUCAACUCUAGUAUAACAGAAAUCUUAGAGCCAAAUUACCAUGUUCCGCUGCAAACUGUAGAAAUGUACGUUCUUGAUCACAAUGCUUCCGCUCUCUCAUUAUAUGUGCAGAAGGCGGGUAUUACUUUUGUUUACCAUCCGGAUCUUGUUGGUUAUACAGUUCCUCAACUUGUAUCAGAUGAAGAAUUGAGUGCACCUCAUGAGGUAGAUGAAUUUGAAUUUAUUCGUUGGUUCAAAGAAACGAUAACAGAAGAUGACUUUGUGAUCCUUAUGAUGACUGCACAAGCGGCAGAACUGAAAAUUCUCUUCGAAUUGUUUGAAAGCGGAGCAAUAUGCCAUGUUGAUGAACUCUUUAUUCAAUGCUCUGAUACUGCAGACUGCAAAGAUAGUGUAUGUGGGGACUGCAGAAGCCUCUUUAGAGGUCUCAGAAAUGGGGGUGUCUUUUCCCAUCAGUGGUGGGAGCCUGAAACUCUCUUCUAAAGGAAACGGUGCCUUGGGGGAGCCUAAAACUCUCUUCUGAAUAAAAUGGUUUGUGCGCGUGUAUGUUUCUAGUUUACAUUUUCGUGAAUAAAUUGAGGUGGAUUGCAUUGACACUCUAGUCUCUAGCAGUACACCGUUGUAAAACUUUUACUUGCUUCAUGUGUUAUUGAGUCCUUCUCAAAGGUCUGAAAAUAGCAUCUAUAUAUGUGUUUACUA